AUGCCGGUAGCAAGAGCGGCGCAGCUGUCUCAGCUCCCUCGUCCGCAUGUCAUACGAGACCAAGUCUUUGCAACACUGCAUAUACACUAUGUCCGCAUCAUACGGAUGGAAACAAAUGAGCUCGACAGGUCGGCGAUACAAUCUACGACCAACACUAUUAAUAUCUUCACACGCAACCAUAUGCUGCAAACACCAUCGACCCAUCUCAUAGUCCUCGAGCACCCAUAUCUUGAGGUGCGAGAAGCCGCGAUCACUGAAUGGAUCAGUAACAACAAAAUACUUGAGAAGCCCUUGGUGGACACCACACGAGCUAAAGUUCAAGUUACCAAGCUCACAAUCGUCCCAGUGCAGUUUCCCGUCGAGGAACACCGUCUUUUUGACAAUAGAAACCCUAACUGCACGCGUGGAGUGAACGGUAUAUUCUACCCAUUUUCCCGAUUCGGAACAGAACACCUCGAACUCGACGAAAGAUUGUUUCUGGCGAUGACAACGGACAAGCACGACCCUGUAGCUGGUUAA